UGCCACUGCCGAUGGCGUUCUUACCGACAAUCCACAUCUUGUGCUGUUAUUUUAUAUGUCUCAACUAUUCUUACGCGAAUUAGUGAAGAGAUAUCGUCUAAUACAAGUGGUGCCAAUGGAUAUGUCAGGAUAUUAUGAAAAUCGUGCAGGUCCCUCGAAUAUUGGCAAUGUCAUUAGCCAAAUAUUACUCUGCAAACAAAUAACACCGGAUUUCAAUCAAGAAGAGCUGUGUAGUAUUACAAAGGAUUCACAGGAUAUCGCAUUGUUACUAUCGGAAAUGCAAGAGUUCAUGCCAAAACAUGAAACAUAUCUGCAACGCCAUACUGCACUGGAUACCAAUGGACCUUGGGCAAAUAAAGGACGCCACAAUCACAUUUGCAAAAAUAUGAGUUUACUUUGUUGUGUCUCUCGACCAAAUUAUCUCUGAAAGUAAUUUGUAAGCCA